AUGGAUCUAAGUGAUGCUCUUGCAUUGGCCUCAUUAAUUCUUACCGCAAUCAGUACAAUAUCCAUUUUCACAAUUCUAUUGCAAAUAUGGAGCAAUUUCAAAAGACUUCUGUUCGAUCGGGAGCAUGCUAUCAAAGUCCAAUGCGGUUCAUGGCAGAGUUGCAUCAAGAAUCACCGGCUACCAGAGCAUGGGUUGGUUGAAAAGGCAGCCAAUCCUCUAAAAGGAUGGAUUCUGAAUGCAUACAGAGAAGGCAUUACUCUCAAGAUGACCACCAGUGACCGAAAGACACAGAGGACAAGCUGUCAGAGAUUCUGUUCUUUCCUGAUGCCCACCUAUGACCAAACAGCACAGGGAACAAGCAGCUGGAGCAGAUUGCUUGCAAGUCACCUUGGCUAUAUGCGGAUAUGUGAUGACGGUCCUUUUCGUCAGAUUGCGCGCUAUGACGACCAUGGAAAUGCCCCAAACUCACAAUCAACAGCAAAACGUUACGAAUAUUCUAUACCAGUCAAAACAGCUAUUGACUUGGCAAUCGGUAUUUUCCGCAUCCCUUCCAGGGACCCCCACAACAUUGAUAUGGUAAUUCUUUCAGACAGGCGCUGGUUAGACAGGCGCUGGUUGAACUGGUGCAAGAAUUGCAAGCGGAAAAGCAGAAUAGGCCCGCUCAAAAGAAUAGGUUCUGUGGAUCAAAUGAGUUACUGGACGUCGAAUCCCGGGACGAAACAGGCGGAGGAAAUCCGCUUUUCCCUAGAGAAACUUGUUCAAGAGCCGAGCGCAAAGAUCAACAACUACGAGACCGACAAAAACAGUCAAAACAAUGCAAACUCCGACGUGCAAAAAGCAGCUACAAGAGUGGCAUUAGUCAUUAGCAGCCUUGAGCCGUGGGCAAUCUUGCCGGCUGCACCGAUACACAUUACUCAUGCUCUAUGUGGCGUACUCAAAAUGCAAGUUCGGGAUGACAGCGGGCAGGCAGCCCUUAUAACUUUGUUGAAAGAUCUGAGAAAAAUGAAAAAAGCUAAACAGUACGUUCCACCUGGCUGGACGCUAGUGGAUUUGGAAUGUGCACUGGAGGACAUCCCAUCUAUCAAGGACCACUUUUUCUCCCGAUCAAGUGAUAAAUGCAGUAUUUACAAACCGCAAUGA